AUGAAAUCAUUAAAUUAAAUCCAUAUAAAAAUUCAAUGAACGACCGUUACAAUUAGGAAACUUUUAAAAUCUAUAGCCACACUUCAAAAAAUGUUACAACAGUUUCAAAACCAAACACACACAAAAACUGAACUAAAAAUGGCAACAACAACAACAUCUGAAGAAGAAGAGUACAUGCAAAACCUCAGAUCCAAAGCAACAGAGCUUUUCAUCAGAGAAGAAUGGACCAAUGCUAUUGAAACAUAUUCCCAUUUCAUUACUCUUUGCACCCACCAUCUUUCUGUUCCACACCCCAACCCACUUCACCAUCAAAAGCUUCAUAAAUCACUUUGCAUUUCCCUCUGCAACCGGGCCGAAGCAAAAUCAAAACUCCGCGAAUUCAACUCGGCUUUAGAAGACUGUGAUCAUGCUCUACAAAUUGAUGCAACACAUUUCAAGAGUCUUGUUUGUAAAGGUAAGAUUUUGCUUUGUCUUAAUAGAUAUUCUAUGGCUUUGAAUUGCUUCAAAACAGCUAUGCUUGGGAAUCAGGCAAGUGGGAACUGUGAAAUGCUUGUUGGGUUUGUUGAAAAAUGUAAAAAGUUUGAAUUUUUAUCGAGGAGUGGAACGAUGGAUCUUUCUGAUUGGGUUUUGAAUGGGUUUCCUGGUAAGGCUCCUGAGCUUGCUGAAUUUAUUGGUGCUGUUGAGAUUAGAAAAUCUGAGAUUAGUGGGCGGGGGGUUUUCACUACUAAGAAUGUUGAUGCUGGGUCUUUGAUUUUGGUUACUAAGGCGGUUGCGAUGGAGAGGAGUAUUUUGGGAGGUAAAGAUUUGAGUGAGGAUACUCAGUUAGUUAUGUGGAAGAAUUUUAUUGAUAAAGUUGUUGAUUUUGUUAAAAAGUGUCACAAGACUAGGAAUUUGAUUGGUAAAUUGUCAAUUGGGGAAAAUGAGGAUGAACUUGAUGUCCCUGAUGUUGAUCUGUUUAGGCCUGAGAAUGUUGGUGAGGUGAAUUCAAAUGAGGAUGUUGAGAUUGAUAUGGUUAAGUUGUUGGCUAUAUUGGAUGUUAAUUCUCUCACUGAGGAUGCAGUUUCAGCUAAUGUUUUGAGGAAGAACAACGAUUGUUAUGGUGUUGGGCUAUGGUUGCUUCCGUCAUUUGUAAAUCACUCGUGUUGUCCUAAUGCGAGGCGGUUGCAUGUUGGGGAUUAUUUGAUAGUUCAUGCUUCAAGAGAUUUGAAAGCUGGUGAAGAGAUAACUUUUGCUUAUCUUGAUCCACUUUCUCCCUUGAAUAAGAGAAAAGAAUUGUCUGUGACAUGGGGGAUUCUUUGCAAGUGUAAGAGGUGUAAGUUUGAGGGGGAAUUCUUGUUAUCCAAGCAAGAAGUGAAGGAGAUUGAGAUUGGUAUUGAAAGAGGGAUGGAUGUAGGUGGUUUGGUGUAUAAGCUUGAGGAACAAAUGAAGAGAUGGAAGGUUAGGGGGAAAGAGAAGGGAUACUUGAGGGCUUCAUUUUGGUCUUUAUAUUCAGAGGCUUAUGGUUCGGAGAGGUGUAUGAAAAGAUGGGGAAGGAGAAUUCCAGCAUUGGAUGCAGUGGUUGAUAGCAUUACAGAUGUAGUGGGAGGUGAUCAUAGGGUGCUUAAGAUUCUGAUGGAGGAAUUGAAGAGAAAAGGCGGUGGCAGUGGUGGUGGAAAUUUGGAGAUGGAGAAAGUUUUCAAGUUAGCAAGAGAAGUAUAUGGGAAGGUAGUGAAAAAGCAAGCAAUGAGGACACUGCUUGAACUUUGCAUUGCUGCUGAAUGAUUCCAUUCAUUGAUUGAUUAAAUAAAUGGAUUCAUUAUCAGUUCUUUCUCCAUUUCCUUUUUCAUUUGAUGUCUUCUUUACUCAUUGUAAGCAAGGGUUUGUUUCAUGCCACGAUCAACUCAAGUUGUCAAUGCAUGCAACGCCAGUGCUGUGAAGUUCAAUUUUAUUUUAAGAGACUCUCGGUUAAAAUAAAUUGUAUUAUGCUUCUCUUAAAUAAAUAGAGUUUGUGUGUGAAA